GUUUAGGUCACCUUAUUCAGGUGUGGUAUCAGGUUUCCUGGGUGGGUGUGUGUGUGUGAAUCUCUGUGGACGUAUCACCUGUUUGGUAAAGUGAACGAGCAGGAGUCACCAUGGCAGGUGUGGAAGAAGUGAUAACAGCAAAGGAGGCUCAUUCCGAUGAGAUUAGUUGGCCCUGGAGCAAGAAAAAGGAUGACUCCAAGGACAAAAAGGGUUCAUCUGACAAAAAGGGUUCAUCUGACAAAAAGGACUCAUCUGACAAAAAGGACUCCUCUCACAAAAAGGACUCAUCUCACAAGAAAGAUGGGUCGAAGCAUGGAGACGACAAAGACAUCAAGAAGAAGGACAAGAAGAAAAAGGAACACAAGGAGGGUGAAAAAUCAGGCAACUCAUCCUCCUCUUCUUCCUCAUCUUCAUCCUCCAGCAGUGACGAGGAGUGAUGCAUCCUGGGACCGGACUGCUCUGUCGGUUCAUUACAAGUGUGCAAUAGUACCAACUUUUACAUCUGUCCUUUCUUUUGUGUUACAUAAACAUGCUGGUCUUGUGUAAACAAAUCUCCUGAUUCCUAGAAAUAAAUGUUCUGACAACAAAAA